AUGGGGAUCAAGGUCACCGAGAUGAUCGAGGACCUCAAUACCCAGCACCCGGUAUACGUUUGUCGGGGAUGCCAUACCCAUUUAUUGAGUUCUGCCUGGAUCAUUCCAGGGAAAUUCAAAGGGGUACAUGGUGAAGCAUUUUUUGUCAACAAGCUAUCUAACUAUCUCAUUGCUCGAAAACAUCAGACCAGACACUUGAUUACCGGGGUGUUUAAAAUCGCCGAUGUCAAGUGCAAGCAAUGUAUGGCCACCAUUGGUUGGAAAUAUCUUGAAGCCGGGUCGAUAUCUCAAAAAUAUAAAGAGAACCGGUUUGUCAUUGAAGCAACAUUAAUUGGGUGUUUACAAACCGGAGCUACUGUGGUCGAUUAUGUAGUUGCCAGAAAAACCCUUGAUGAAGGUAAAACCGUUGAUUCUAGUACGAUGAAAGCUUAUCUUUGUCAAUUAAAUGAUAAAAUUCAUUGGUUGGAUAGACAAAAUGAAGAAGAGGAAGAAGAUAAUGAUGAUAAUGAUGAUGGCUGUUACGAGAAGUUUUUGAGCAGUAAUGAUCCAACAACUAUUGUCACCAAUACCAAAAUCAUCUACCGUGAUGACCGCCAUUAUUUUGAAAUGACCAAAGAUUUACUACAGAAUACUGAGUUUGGUGAUGAAUUCGAGUAUAAGUUUUCUUGUGACAAUUGGAAUGAAGUUAUCGAUAGGAAUCACCGUGGCUUGAUAUUUAAAGAGAAUAGAGGCUUUUUAUGGAACAAUGGGAAUUACCAUUCAAUCCAAGAAGAAGAUGAAGAUGAAGCAGAAGAAGAAGAAGAAGAUGAUGAUGAUGAUAAUGAAGUGAUGAGUUAUCCCCUGGAUGAACAAGAAAAAGAGGAAGAACAAGAAAGGAAUGAACAUCAAAGAGACGAUGAUGAGGAAGAAGACGAAAAUGAUGGCAAUAGUUUUGCUACAAGUUACCUUCCAUAUCAUCCAAUUAAUAUUGCCGUUCAAGAAAGGGCGGCCACCCAUUUAUAUAGCCCGAUUUCUUCAUUAUCUACCGCCACCGCUCCUGGGACUGCCAGUGGUGAUAUUCAAUAUCAUUACACCGCGAUCCCCGAAGGUCAUCUGCAAAUGCCUAGACUUAGUGGUGGAGAACUGACCAGAGCGUAUCCUUUAAGAAACUAUUUCAUGGGGAAUUUACCGUCAUCCGGUCAAAGAAGGGUGCCGGGUGGUGAUACCCCGUUACUGGACCAUUUGUCGGGAGAUCUUGCUCGGAUUGUCCAUAGAACAAACGAAAAUCAUUUGGUAAGGUUUGCCGAUACAUCCCCAGAAGACGGGGUGAAUGAUGGAGAAGGAAACAGUGGCAGUGGGAAUGUUUAUGCUGGUGAGUUGUGA